CUUCGGCGAACGUUCGCCGGCCGAUCGGCGUGUUAAACGGUUGUAGUACCGAAAAAAAUCGAGUACCCAUAUACGUUAAAAACCGUUCGUUUCGAAACGGCUUUCCGCGGCGAGUCGGUUGGUUUACGCAUUUCGGUGAUUUUUUAGUGUAGGUACUUGCGAUUGUUAUCUUCAAUGAGUACUGAUUUAAGGUGAAAGUCUCCAACUGCAUCCGAAGAGAAACCGCGCGAUGAUCUCCUCGGCUCCGACGACAAUUAAACGCUUCUUCAAUCAACGGUAACGGCGUCGAAGAGGAUGGACGUUUCGGCGACAGUUUAAUUUUCAACGCCCGCUCAUUCGGGAAUUGUUCCCCUGAUAGGGAUUCGAUAACGCGAAUUCUCGUGGUUUGUUUGUGGACGGUGAUCGAAUAGUGAAUGUUUGAUGGAGUGUUAGGAGAAUGACGGCCUCGAUGGAGAACAGGGGGCGUAGAAAAAGUUCUUGGGAUUCCAAGACGUCCGUGAGUUCGAUAGGAUCGGUCGGGACGAGACAAUACAGGCGAUCUCCCAGUUCGAUCCUCUCAUCGGACUCCGACAUCAGGUUCACCAGGAAAAAAUUGACCUCUCAGUACAAAUGCGGCUGUUUCAUCAUAGCGAUAUUUCUACUGUUCCUGCUACUCGCAGCCGCAGGAGUGUACGUGGGAUACACGUUUUUCCUGCCGAAGGCUCCCGAAGAGCAGGUUUUCCGGGCGACUUUCCGGGUGACGGAGGGCGAUGUGUUCUCACCGGAACUGGCCGAUCCGGGCACCAGCAUGUUCAAAAGCAGAUCUCGCGACUACAGAGAAAGACUGAAUUUACUGUUUAGAAGAAGCACCGUGCGACACGGGUACCUCGGCUCCGAGGUACUAGCUCUCGAUGGCACCGAAGACAAAGACCUGAUCGUGCACUUCAACAUCCACAUCGACCCGUACUACUUGGACAUCACCGCCAAGAACCUGGAGGAGAUCCUGGCCAAGGAGAUAGUCGUGCGCGAGUCGCUCUACUUCAAGAACCUCACCAUCGACUCGGCGAGUUUGGAGGUGAAGCCGGACUCGGAGUUGCCGCGAAUGGCCGCCGCGACGACGACGCCCGUCACGGAGGCCGUCACCGAGACGCCGCACCCGCCGCGGAGGUGCUUCCCGCUGGAGUUGGAGUACUGCCAGCGGCUGGGCUACAACGUGACCACGUACCCCAAUCUGUUCAAGCACUGGAGCGUGCGGGAUGUGAGGAACGAUGUGAUUUCGUUCCGGGAAUUGGUCGACGCGGAAUGCUACAGACACGCUUACGAUUUUAUAUGCCGACUGUUGCAACCGUCCUGCAGGAAGGGCGCCGCCGAGGACGAGAUGAUCCUGCCCUGCAGGAGUUUCUGCAGGGACUUCAUGAUCGGCUGCGGCGGCCGCUUGCAGGGGAAAAUCAAGGAGUACCUGGAUUGCUCCAAGUUUCCCGAAUACGGACAAGGAGAGUGCCUCACCAAACCAGGUUGCGUUGAAGAAUUGCAAUCCAAAGCGCUGUCUCCGCGUGUUUGCGAUGGCGUUAUAGAUUGCCAGGACGUGUCUGACGAAAGGUCCUGCAGCUACUGUCCCAAGAGCCAUCUGCAUUGCGGUAUUGGUAGGGUGUGUAUACCUAGAAUGAAGAGAUGCGACGGUCACAUCGAUUGCCCGGACGGUAGCGACGAGAAACGGUGUUUAAGCCUGGCGCCGGAUUUGGCAUCAUCCAGGAAAACCGAGACAGCUACCCCGCAUCCCUCCCUUUACUCAGCCGAGGGUUUCGUGACUUUCAACGAGAAAGGGGAGAUAGGUAAACUUUGCACGGAAAACAUCAACAGGAGUCUACCCUUAAAUCAAUCAAAUACCGUGCUGCACGCGGCUGCUGCAUCUCUGUGCAAAACUCUCAGUUAUGAAAAAGUAGCAUCUGUAAACGUAGUUACGGACACCGAAGACAACGUCUCCUACGUCAGGAUGCGAAACCCCACCGCCUCGGAGAUCAGCUUCGUCCGGGCCAAGUGCCACACGAAGCAAGUCCUGAAGGUCCAAUGCGCGGAUUUGCAGUGCGGCGUGCAGGCGACCCACGGCCCCGCCGGCCUGAAGUCGCUGUCGAAGAUGGCCUCGCACGGCGACUGGCCCUGGCACGCGGUGCUGCUCAAAGACGACGUCCACACGUGCGACGGCGCGCUGGUGUCGGGCGACUGGGUGGCGACGACCAGCUCCUGCUUCCAGGGCCAGCCGAAGGCCGAGUGGCGCGCGAAAUUCGGCGCCACCCGGCUGCUGAGCUCGACGCCGUGGGAGCAGGAGCGGCGGAUCGUCGGCAUGGUGAAGUCGCCGGUCGAAGGGAGCAGCGUGGCUCUGGUGAAACUGGACCAGCCGGUGAGCUUCAACGAUUUCGUGCGGCCGGUUUGCCUGCCGAAGGAGAGCAUGGGGUUGCCGGUGGAGCGCGUGCAGUGCAAUACGCUCGGCUGGGCCAGGAACAGGGAGCAGUUGCAGCGGGUUCAAGUGAAGUUGGUCGAUAAGGAGAAGUGCGAGAAUAUCAGUAUAACUACCGUGAAUGGUAUGUGCACUGAGCCGAUUUAUGGACAGAACGAUUGUAAUGAAGAAGAAUUCGCCGGUAGUCCGAUGGUUUGUCAGUAUUCCGAUAAUGAAAAAUGGUUUCUAACCGGCGUUACGAAUUGGAGGAUAGCUUGCGCCAAAAACGGCUUGGAAAGGCCGAGAUUGUUCGAUAAAAUUUCUUCCAAUGUCAAAUGGAUAAAGGAGACUAUCGCUUCGGAAACUUGAUGAUUAAUUAGAUGUUAUUGGCACCGUUCGUGAUGGUAACAAUGAGUUCAAGAAAAACAGAUUUUUUUCUUGGUCAACGUGGUUUUUAUACAACUCAUGAGAAAAUACGGAUUACUCAAACACCCUGUGUUCAAACUCGACUGUGGUGUGCCAUUUGUUAUAGUUUCUUCACUCAUUUUACACCUACAAUUUCUAACACUAUUGUGUAUUUAUUUUAUUGUUCACGCGCAUUCACCAAAUAAUUUUAAAAUGUACACAAAUAAUAAUCUUGCGACUUAUUUACGACGAAUUAUUGAAGAUACGACGACACAUAUUUAAUAUUUCAUUGUACAGUUAUAUUUAAAAGCGAAAGUCCACAUUAGCUUAUUAGCAUUUCCUUUCAGCUAUAUGUAUUUAUUUGUUCAUCAUGCAACGUUUUUAAUGAAUUUCUUGGUAAUUAAACGGCCUAGUCACACGACUAAAUUUAUCGUUAC